CCCUUUUGUUUGGCGAUUCCUCCAUUUAUUUUCUUGCUAUUUCUUCGCAUCGACCAGCUAAACCGGAUCCCCUGCUUUCCACCUUGCGACGACCUGACGGGCUCGCCGGCGUCCGACUUCGACGACGCGCAGAGACGAACGAAGAAGAUAACCUACUGUCAGAUAUUAUUUGUGAAAGCCGAUGCCUUUGCAUGGACCGCCGCUUCCAAGGCUUCUCCUUAACAAUGUGGGUUGCAUGAGAAAUGCACAGCAAAUCCUUCGCCACGUAAAUGUUUCUCUCCAUGAUGGUGGAGCACUUGUACUGACGGGCACCAAUGGCUCCGGAAAAAGCACCUUUCUCCGGAUGUUAGCUGGUUUUGCCAAACCGUCAGCGGGUGAGAUACUUUGGAAUGGUCAUGACAUCACUAAUUCAGGCGUUUUUGAGCAGUACAAACUGCAGCUCAACUGGCUCUCCCUUAAGGAUGCUGUCAAGGAGAAGUUCACAGUCCUAGACAAUGUUCAAUGGUUUGAAGUGCUCGAAGGGAAGCAGGGGAAGUCAUUGCCGGCAUUAGAGCUGGUGGGGCUGGGGAGAUUGGCGAACGAGAAGUCAAGAAUGCUGUCCAUGGGUCAAAGGAAGAGGUUACAGAUUGCGAGGCUGUUGGCAAUUGAUAGGCCGAUUUGGCUGCUCGACGAACCCUCGGUGGCAUUGGACGAUGAAGGCGUGAAGAUUCUGGAGGCCAUUAUCGCGGACCACAGGAAGAAGGGCGGUAUCGUCAUUGUGGCAACGCAUCUGCCCAUUCAGAUUGAGGAUGCUAUGCAUUUGAGGUUGCCCCCAAGGUUCCCUAGAAGAAUGACUUUGGUAGACAUGCUUGAUCGCGGCGGAUUGGACUGAUGAUACCUGAGGAUCAUUAGCCUGCGAUUGGAAGCCCGCGAUGUUCCUCUCAAUGGUAGGCAUCCUUGUUUUGUUUUCUUAAGAAUAUACUACCUCCGUCCUAGUAUAUUUGUCCAGUUUGACUUUUUUGAGUCAAACUGGAUAAACUUUGAACUUCAAUUACUCUCAAUUUGUAUUGCAUAUUAGCAUAAUAAAAUACAAAUUUGAAAGUUCUCAGUACGAGAUAAAUUCAGUAAAGCCAUUUUUAUGUUAACAUAUAUUACGGUUUUUAUUUAAUUGGAGCUCAAAGUUUGUCCAGUUUGACUCAAAAAAGUCAAAUCAGAAAUAUACAUUGAGACGGAUGGAGUAGGUCCUAACUGUUAGGAUGGCUUUUC